CGGACGUCGACUGACAGGCGGCUCCAAGAAUUUAGCCGGGAAAAUCGGGGAAAGUUGAAUAAAAACUCAGGGAAAAUUGGCAACGCGUGUUUACAUUUUAAUUUCCUUACGGGCUGAAAGCAAACAAAAUAUGUAAAAGUCAUUUAUAGAAAAGGAAAAUACACAUUUCUAUAUGUUGAAGCUAUAUAAUAUAGACAACGGAUAUACGUUUUAUAUUUAAAUCUCGUGCGGAUCGUUUCAAUUGCGUUGAGCAAAGAUAUAAAUAAUCCUGCCACUUGAAUUAUAUUCCAUAAAAACAUCAAAUAAAACAAAUCACAAAAGUAAACGGAAAAAGAGUGGCAAAACGAUUUUCUUCUCAUCAACAAUGCAGCAUUAUUUACUUUUGUUUGGCGCGCUCAUCUCGCUGCUGGCCUCAGCUUACGCCAUCAAGUGUUACGCCUGCGAAUCCGUCUACGAGUCGAGUUGUGGCGAGGAUUUCGAAGUCGAGAACCAUUUCAAACGUGACUGCGCUUUUAUUGCCCCGCCGCGAUUUUUGGAGAACGAUCUGCUCAGCGUGAAUGCCACGGCCUGUUUGAAACGGGAAUUCAAGGAAAAUGGCGUACGUAAGAUUGUUAGAGGCUGCUAUUUUGGCGAUGUAAAUGCCACCGAAGUCUGGUGCAAAAUGGAUCCCACACUGAUGGCGGUGCAAAACACCAGUUGUCAUGUGUGCGACAACGAGAACUACUGCAAUGGAGCCGAAAGUCCAGCGGAUAAUUGGAAAAUCUUCGCCAGUCUGGUCUUGUUUCUCUUGGCACCUCAUCUACUCUGAAAUGACAGGAAGACGCAUCGAAAAUUUGGGGCACAAAAUGCACAAUAAAAGGCAAAAAUAACUUAAGUAAACCUAGUUAAAUGUAGGCCCAGAUCUAUAAUUUAACAAAUCCCACUUAGCAAACAAUAUUUAGUCCUAAUCUGUCCCACUGUAUUAAUGACCAAUCAACGGCAAACAGGGCGUAUGAGCAACAUUAGUAGACAUGAGCCGAAAAGCUGGCAAACAAAUUUUGAACGAUUCAAAAACAAACUAAUAAAAACUAAUUUUAC